AUGUUCUUUUCAAUGUUUAUUAGAUUCAUUUUACCUAUAUCUUUUAUAUGCUACAAUUUUGGAAAGAAAUUCAAUAUGUUUAGUUAUUUUCAAAAAAUCAAAGUAUCAGAUCAGGAAUUAUUAUCAUCCAUUUAUGAUUAUGAAGUAAAAGAUUUAUCAGGAUCAAAUGUAUCAAUGUCUAAAUUUAAAAACAAAGUUUUGAUUAUUUUUAAUUCUGCUUCAAAAUGUGGAUUAACAAAAAAUCAUGUAGAACAAUUUAAUAAAUUACAUGAAAGGUAUAACUCAAGAGGAUUGGAGAUUUUAGCUUUCCCUACAAGUCAAUUUUUAAAUCAAGAAUUUGAUAGCACAAAAGAUAUUUGUACAUUUAAUGAAAAGAAUAAAAUAAAAUAUAAUAUGUUUGCUCCCAUUGAAGUAAAUGGAGAUAAUACACAUCCUCUCUUUAAAUACUUGAAAAAAAAUUGCGAUUCGAUGCAUGAUGAAAAUGGAACGUUAAAAAGUAUCGGAUGGAAUUUUGGGAAAUUUCUAGUAGAUAGAAAUGGAGAUGUAGUAAAUUACUUUUCACCCAAAACAAAUCCAUUAGAUUUAGAAAAAAUUAUAAUUCAGUUAUUACAAAAAUGA